AUGGAGACAAGAGUAGAAAAAACAAAAGGUUGGCUAGAUCUUCUUCGAUGUAAUAAACCAAAGCUGGAAAUUGAUGUAAUGUCUGAAGUAUCUUCCCUUUUUACCAUUGGAGGUAUUAAAAGACGUGUAAUGAAGAAGAAAAAUGGAGCUCUAAAAGUUACAAAGCUGAAUACCUCUUUUGCAUCUAAAAUCAAAACCAAGAUAAUUAGCAACUCUUCACUUUUUAAAAGUUCUUUGAAACGUAAUAAUAAGGCAUUGGCCAUGGCCCUCAGUACAGAGAAAGAAAAUUCUCGGCGACUGAAAAAUGAAAAGCUGUUAUUACAAAAAGAAUUGGAUGGGCUGAACUUGCAGAAUAUCUUACUUCGCCAAAAGCUAAGUUCCUUGGUACUUUCAAAAAAAUACAUGGAAAUGAACAAAACUCUAAAAGAAAUUCAAGCAUUCAUGAAUAAUAAUAUUUUAACUGCAAUUGAAAUAAGCACCUUUUCUGAGUGUAUUCCAAAAUCUCUAACAAUGGAUGAUGCUCAGUGCAAUUCUGUUUAUGAAUCCAAGCUUUCAGAUCAUCAAUGUAUUCCAAAAUCUCUAACAAUGGAUGAUGCUCAGUGCAAUUCUGUUUAUGAAUCCAAGCUUUCAGAUCAUCAAGUAAGACCUACUGAGCAAUAUUUGAUCACUCCUCAUAUCGUAGAAAGUGAUGGGGGGAAAAAAGUGAACUUGCUUGUAUGUGACAUGGAUGAGCCUUUUAAGGAGAUAUCUGUACUAUCAAAAGAAGUUGCAGCAGAUCAAAUAAACAUUGAGAUAUUAGAUCCUAAACAAAUGCCAAAACCAAAUGAAAUAAAUAAAGUGGAAACAGAAUUUGUCACAAAUACAUUUUCAGAAGGUAUACUACCUACUGAGCAAUAUUUGAUCACUCCUCAUAUCGUAGAAAGUGAUGGGGGGAAAAAAGUGAACUUGCUUGUAUGUGACAUGGAUGAGCCUUUUAAGGAGAUAUCUGUACUAUCAAAAGAAGUUGCAGCAGAUCAAAUAAACAUUGAGAUAUUAGAUCCUAAACAAAUGCCAAAACCAAAUGAAAUAAAUAAAGUGGAAACAGAAUUUGUCACAAAUACAUUUUCAGAAGAAAAGAAAUCCCAUAUGGAACAAAUCUCCAAUAGUACCUUUUUAGAUUAUGUAUCAUCUACAGAUGAAUGUGAAAGACAAUCAAAAGGAGAUAAUAGUCCCUUUCCAAUCCAUGGAUAUAUAACUGAAAGAAAGAAACAAAUGUGCAUUUCAAGUAUUCACCCUACUCUAAACAAUUUGGAAACCAAAAAAGACAGAAAUUGCAUAUUGCAUUUUUGCAAGGCCAGAGUUUGCACUAAUAAUGAUAUAGGUAAUCAGAGAGACCCAAAUGGUGUUUCACAUAUUGAAUUGACUUCCCAGCCUAACAAUAAGCCUAUUCACGUAAAUAAAGAAGAUUUAAUAAGUCAAAAAUCAGAGGAAACUAUAUAUGAUACUGAUAUGGAAUUAACUGCAAGUGAAUUGGGUGAAAUAGUCAUAAUUAAAUCUAGAGAUAAGAAAUUUAAUAAGGUUAAAGCUGACAAAAUUUCAGGAAAUUUAAGAAAAGUAAAAUUUGCAAGUACAGAAAAACAAAUUAAAAAUAAAUAUAGCAGUAAACCAAAAAAAAGCAAUGAAAAUGUUCCAAAAACCAUCCAAACAAAAAAAAAAUCACCACCAAAAGAAGAAUUGUUUGAAAAGACAACAUCCUGGGAAGUGAAACUGAAAAAUACCAAUGAACAAGAUGUUGGGGAAGAUAAUAAAGACAGUAAUAAAAAUUACAAGCACCUGCAUUUAUUAGAUCUCAAGUGUCAACCACAAACUACUAAUAUUUUAGAAACAGAAAAAGGGGAACAAAUAAUUUCUGAAACAGUAGAGGGGUUAGUCAGGCAGAAUCCAGGAGACAAUUUGGAAGUAUCUACUAUGCGCAAUACACUAUUAGAAGGUAGUAAUAUUGAAAGUUUGCUACCAAUGGCAAGCCACAUAAUGGGUAUACAAGAGAAUUUAACUGUAAAUGAGAGUUAUCCUGUUACUUCCAAAAUCAACAAAUCAAACUACUGUGAAAUGGAAAAUAUGCAGUAUUUAAGAAGAAAUUUGAAAGGAUUUGGAUCAAAGGAAUGCAGAUAUGACUGCCAAACAAAACAAGGUCAAAGAACCAAUAUAAAAAGUAGAUGCAGCAGUGAAGAAGAUACUUGCAAAUACAAUAUAGCAGCAAAAGAAUCUACUCAUGCUUUAAAUGUUUCAAAGCUAGAUCAAAUUAAUGAAGACAUUUCACAAAAUGAUAAAAGAAGAAUUUUUGCAAAAGCUAGCCGGAAGACAAAUAUUAUAUAUCCAGGCUCUCUUAAGCAGAAAAAAAUGUAUGUGAAAGAGAAAUUACACAAUGAAAAAUUAUGUGAUGAAAAUAUUCCACAUAAGGCAUCUAAAGACAGAGAAAGAAUUUUCAGUGUUCAGAGAGUAACUUCAUGCUCCAUAAAAGAUGCUGAAAUUUCUAUUGAAACAUUAAAUGAAAAAGAAGGUUCCACAUCAAAGCCAAGCAGAAAAACUUACUUUGUUGGUACACAUGAUCAAAACAAAAAGGAAAAUAUCCCUCUUUUACAUAACUCUAAAAGAUAUUAUCAGGAAGAAAAUGAUUGUGUUUCUACAGAGAAGGCGGGCAUAACUUAUGAAGAAUCAUGCAAGAGAAAGCCAGUGCAAAAUUCUGGGAACAAGCCUCUUCAAGAACUGACAAAUAUUGGCAUAAAUUCAUAUCCCAAAUCCAAGAAAGAUACAGAAGAACAUUCUGUACCACCUGUUAGAUGCAGGGGAGCAACAGUUUGCUACAAAGAACCCAGUAUCAAAAGCAAAUUGAGGAGAGGAGAGGACUUCACAAAAGACACAUUUUUCAAUUCUCCAGUCUUCAAAGUUAAAAAUAAACAAAGUUUCAAAAGUAAAUCCAGAUUAAUCUAA